AAUUUUAUUUGUCUAUUCAUUCAUUUAAUAAAUAUUUAUCCAGCCCCUAUCUGGUAUUUAGAAAUGGUUUUCCAUAGAUAUUUGGUGAAUGAGUGCAUACAAUGUGCAGGCAGUCCUGACAGCAGAAACAUGGCAUAGAUAAGAUAUACAAGGUCCUUCCUCUAGUGGAACUUUCAUUCAGAAGGGUGUGUACAUUCGUAGAUGUCUGUGUUUAUAUUUGCUGUGGGAUGUGAAGACUGAUUAACAAGUAAAUAUUUAAAGUAAUUUCAGCUGGUGAUCAGAUGCAGUGAAUGUUUCAGCCCAGGAGAUAAUGAACCUGUGUUUUCAUGUGUCCUUUGCACUGAGUCAGACCUUAGAUAAUCUUAUUUGGGGACAAGACCACGCCCAGCUGUCCCUGAUCCACUGUUUCCCUGUUGUUUGCAGAAAGAAGAGCCAAGAGCUGUCCAGCUGCUGCCCCCUGCACAGAGAGAAGCUCCGGCUCAGGGGAGGAGACCAUGAGUGCUCAGGGCGGGUGGAGGUCUGGCACAGCGGCUCCUGGGGCACCGUGUGCGAUGACUCCUGGAGCCUGGCAGAGGCCGAGGUGGUGUGUCAGCAGCUGGGCUGUGGCCCGGCCCUGGAAGCCGUGCGGGCUGCGGCGUUUGGCCCUGGAAACGGGAGCAUCUGGCUGGACGAGGUGCGGUGCGGGGGCCGGGAGCCCUCCCUGUGGGACUGUGCUGCGGAGCCCUGGGGGCAGAGCAACUGCAAGCAUGAGGAGGAUGCUGGUGUGAGGUGCUCUGGUGUAAGGACAACAUUGCCCGCGACAAAAGCAGGGACCAGAACAACCUCAAAUCCUCUGCCUGGCAUCUUCUCCCUGCCUGGGGUCCUCUGCCUCAUCCUGGGAGCCCUUCUCUUCCUGGUCCUCGUCAUCCUGGUGACUCAGGUGCUCAGAUGGAGAGCAGAGCGCAGAGCCUUAUCCAGCUAUGAAGAUGUCCUUGCUGAAGCUGUGUAUGAGGAGCUCAAUUACCUUGUGACACCGAAGGAAGGUCUGGGCAGCCCAGAUCAGAGGACUGAUGUCCCUGCUGAAAAUUACGAUGAUGUUGAAGAGGUCCCAGUGCCUGGAACUCCUCCUGCCUCUCAGGGGAGUGAGGAGGAAGUGCCCCCAGAGAAGGAGGAUGGGGUGAGGUCCUCGCAGACAGGCUCUUCUCUGAACUUCUCCAGAGAGGUGGCUGAUCCUGGGGAAGGAGGAGAGAGCCCUUGGCUGCUCCAGGGGCAGAAAGCAGACCCUGGGUACGACGAUGUUGAAUUCAGUGCCCUGGGAACAUCCCCAGUGACUUUCCCAUGAUGCUUUAUUAAAUAUGAGAUGAAGCCUCAGAUAUUCUAACUGCCUGUAAUUCAAUAGAGUAGAGCUGACCUGUAAUUGUGUUAUGUGGAAAUUUCUCAAAAUGAGAUAUUCUGAAUAAAUUAACUUUUUGCUCUGAUGCUAA